AAUCGAAACAGGAGAAACAGAUUGUUCUGAAACAUCCUCUGUAGUCAGUAACAUUAGUAGCACAUCGGUUGCACGUUUCUAUAACCUCGUUUCUGCAAAGUAAAACGGGCGAUAUACGUAACGAAUAAACGAAAGUGAUAUACGCAAAUUGUUACAUCUGGUCAGAGGAAAUUGCGCGUAAAAGCGGAGUGUGUCGUAAAAGCGCUCGAAGCGUGGAAUCACGUGUCCAAGGCACAAAAAUACUCGUUUCGACGCUUCGGACUUACGACAACCUGUCUGUUAGUCGUCGUUGGCGUUGCGUCAAUGUAACGAAGCUAUUUUAAUUUCGAAUUUCGGAUGACCCUGAUGUAUGCUAUCGGGUAUUUGAGACGCACUACGAGCUCGUGCUGGUAUUUCUGUGACAUAGAUCGAAAUCUACGGGACAGUGGCAAUUGAUCGCGAAGAUGGGCGAUAUUAAGUACUAUGGAAAAAGAAGAAGUAUUGUGAGGAGGAUCGGUUCUUUUCUACCAUUGAAGCCACCACCAAAAAUAUAUGUUAGUGUAACACCCUUACACUCUAUGACAAGUUCAAUGAUCAAUGAGGACAUUAGUACCAAUUACAUGGAUACUAAUGGAUAUGGUCCUGUCAGGCUUUCUGGCAGUAGACCGGAUCUGUUAGAACCGAUUAGUUUUGGAUCUGAAGUACGAUUGCUCGCGCUAGAGCAAGAAUUGCAAGAACUUAGGGAACAAAUCUCAACAAUUGUGAAGAACAACAAAAUGUCCAAACACGCGUCUAUUGUAUCUCUGCCCAACGGAGCAGGCAAUGGUGAAUCUUUGCCAGCACCACCACCCUUGCCACCCCCGCUUCCACCGCCACCUACAACGCCGCAUAUCGCGAGAAGGGCUAGCUUGCAAGAUCACAAAAUCGAGGAUCGCAAGAAGACUAUGAUGAACGUGCAGAAAUCGACGGGAGAUAUGCUGAGUGAUAUCGACAAUGUAAAAUUGAGGCCAAUCGCGAGAUCCCCAGGUGGACAUCCUAUACGAGUGAAACGUGAGAAUAGUCCGUGCAAUGAUUUGCAGGAGAUCCUACGAAGACGUUACGUCGCGAUGCAAUCUCCCGACAGCAGAAAUUCAUCGACGGCCAACUUAACUAUGGACGAUUCAUUUUGAGCGUUGUACGUGAAGCAUGCUCGAGUGCCAUUCUGUGUACAUUCACGCGAAAUUUAGGAUUUUUACACGUAAAAAUUGCUGCGGCAUACGCAAUAUCGUUACGUUUGAAUUCUCAUUUGCACUCUGCAUUAGCCGAUGCCUACGGUAAGGGAGUCUUAAACCAAAGAUCAGUUUGUUGCACGGACGUAACGUCACUCAGGUAGAAUAUUUCCUUCGUGAGGAAGAAGUCAUGAUUAAAGCUUUGUUCUUUUGCUGAUGCGAUUUUGAUGGGAGGUCAUUUUUAAUUUGUUACGACUGAAGCGAUUACUCUAAUAGCAGGUACUACUAGAUAAAGCUAUUGAGAUAUCAAAGUCUCACAAUGGCUCUUCCUGCAGGAUCCAGCCAUACGAAUUCUAUUGUCCAACAUAGAUAUUAUUUUUAUGAAGACUCCUGACGAGAGAGAUAGAUAGAUAGAUAAGUAGGUAGGUAGAUAGAUAGAUAGAUAGAUAGAUAGAUAGAUAGAGUAUACGAUUACUGCUGUUUAUAUAUUAUUGAUGUAAAGGGGAAAUUUUAGUCGAUCGCGUGUAAGAAAAAUAGAUUUUAUUGGUCCGUACGUAUUAGAAUGAGAUUUGAAUUAUAACAAUGUCGUAAACAAAUUAAAUUUCAUUUGGAUACGCGGAACUUGCUUCUCUUAAAUUUUAAACAUUGACACAAAUUUUUGUAAUUGCACUGGCGCAGGAUACAUACCUCGAUUAUUAAAUAUUCUCGUGUGUGUAAGCGAAAGUAUGUAAGAUAUUUCAUUACUAAUUUAAUUCUUCUGGAAUAUCUCAUUGUAUUCAUUCAUUUUUUUAUAUUUGCAAUCUAACUGUGAUUUUUAAUACCGUCUAAAUCAUGAAAAUCUCAGAGUGUGAACAAUACUCCGCUACCACUUAAAAACUGAAUCCAGCGAAUUAACAAUUUCACGUUCAAGAAAAUACGCGAGAAAUUAGUGAUAAUUAUAAUACAAUCGUACGAAUCAUUAAACUCUACUUUUCUUACGAUCUGUAAUUACGUAAACUAUUACAGUAACACAGUUAGAUGGAUAUUAAGUACUGUCAUACACAAAUUGAUAUAAAACCGUGUGGACUGUGAGUAAGCGUCUAACUGAUGAAAUACUCAACAUAAGUUAUCAUAUUUAUGCAGAGUGCUUCAGCGGUUUAGAAACUUUGAUAAAUUUGCGUAAGAUGAUUUCUUAGUGUAUACUAAUGCGCGCUAUGGUGCAUCCAACUGUAAUUCACUAAUAGAAAUUAUUUCUGCGAAGUUGUGGUCGUUCGAAUAGCGAACGCGCAUCUCACAAGAAGAUUGAGUUACUUUGAAUGCUUUUAGGACCGGUUCCACUAACAUCAAUUGAAACUAACUUGGAUUAUUGCAUACAUUUUUCUCCUUGUUUGUAAAAAGGUACAAAUAUAAUAGCGAUUCACAAAAUUGAUUUACUUGAUGCAGACUGUUGGUGAGAUCGGGCUUUAAAGUAUUAAAAAUGCGAAACUAACUUUCAACUCGGGUAUUUUGUUUUGUUUACAAAUGUAUCGUUUGUAAGAUUCUGAAGAUCGAGAAAUUUUAAGGAGAAUUGCAUUACAAACAGUGAUUCAGGGAAUGAACUUGAUGGUGAACUUAUCAUACUAGAAGGGAUAAAUUUCUAACUCAGAAAUACUGUACAUGAAAUUACCGUAGCUGAUUUUAUUUUUUUUUACAUGGAAUGGCACAUGAAGAGUCGGUUAAAUAGACUUUUUGGCUAGAUAUUGAAGAAAAAGGAAUAAAUUUAUGAUCGAUACGAUUUUAGGUUUCUAGAAAAAAAUAUCUGAAGUCACUUUAUGAAAAGAAAAGAAUAUAAUCUAUAAAUUUAUAUGAAUAUAUUAUUUUAAUAACGCAGAAAGGAAUCUGAUAUGAACUGGUAAUUUCAAUGUUCUCUUUUUUUUCCCAUUAAAAUAAACUAUGGUGGGAUUCUAUAUUUCCGCGUGUAACAAAAUCAAGAAAUGGAAUUUUCAAUUUUAAUCGCGUAAAGAUUCGUACGCGACUCGUAUUCGGAGACUGAACGGUAUCUUCGACGAUAUUACGAAUGUACAGAUGCGUUUUAUACAUGAAGCUUUUAUCGAUGACUUAUGAAAAUAAAUUUUAUUGUUAAAUAACAUCAA